GUUACUUUGAAAUUGAACUCAACCAGCUCAACCAGGCCUCUCUUCUCCACUUACAUACUUUUCUUCCCACCACCAUCACGCUAGUAGCUCAGCUGAUCCGUCCCUUCUUGUACAUAGUAUCUCUGCACAGAGUGUAUCCGCAUUUAUUGCCUGAAGCCUGAAGCCUAGCUCAUGAUGCAACUACAGCAACGACAAAGAGUCUUUGGUAGGUGCAUGCAUUCACCCGAUACUGACAGAACCACAGGAUAUCCCACUCUCAAAUUGUAUAUGACUGAUCACUGCUUACUCGACGGCGAUGGUGCCACGGCCAUGUCCCGCUUUUAUAUUUAACUGCACACCUCAUUCGUACUGGCCACCUAACUUCAUGGACGUGUUUACAUCGAGUUUGCCCUUUAUGGGAGAGAAAAUCAUAGAUAUGCUUGUCGCCGUGGUAAACACUUUUCGCACCUUCCUGCAGUCUAUCGUCCCCUAGAGUACAUAAAUUCUAUGCCGACUCGUUCCUCGGCGACUUAGAAACCCAU